AUGGUGCCUUCACGUUUACCUGUGCCACCACCAAUAACAUCUUUAAACCCAUCGAGGAAAAAUAUCUUGUUCGAUAUAACACCACCAACAAUGCUCAAUAAACCACUUUCUUCACCAAAUAUUACACCAACAAAGAAAACACAACGACAAACCGCGUCUAAUUCUAAAUCCCCGGUUCAACAACAAUUAACAACAGGAUUAGCAGCAAAGGGAGAGCAAAUGAAAACUGCUAACGAGAAUAUAUGCCGCUUAUCUUACUCUCCACCGAAGACUGCUGAAAUGGUAUAUUAA